AGGGUAGAAGUAUGAUGGACGAUCUUCACAAUGGUGGUAGAUGGCUGCGCUGUGAAGCAAAGUCUUACUUGUUUGGUGAAGUCAUUCAUCCUGGGUGGAAGAUAUAAUUCCAAUGGAAAUAUGAACAACAGUAAAUUGUUUCAAACUGUUUAUAAAACCUGAACCACACAUACAACCUUUUUCACUGUUUUCUGAAGAACCCUACUUCACCUUUUCUAUAAGAAAAGUUUCCUCCUGGUACCCAAGUUUAGAGAAUAAGUGGAAAACAAAAAGAGGAUGGCUGAAGAGCAGAGUGUUCAGAUUCCGAGAGUGAAGCUUGGGAGUCAGGGAUUUGAGGUUUCAAAACUGGGGUUUGGCUGUAUGGGGCUUUCCGGAAUCUACAAUGAUCCUGUCCCCGAAGAGGUUGGCAUAUCAAUCAUCAAGUAUGCAUUCACUAAAGGAAUCACAUUCUUUGAUACGGCUGACGUGUAUGGAGCAAAUGCUAAUGAAGUUUUGGUGGGAAAGGUAAAUGCACCUGCAAAUGAUAUUUUACAGGGUUAUUCAUAUUCAAUCUUGCUAGCUCCAAUACAGAUUCCUUUUCUCAUUUAUUUAUGCAACUCUUUGUAGAAACGAUAACCGAUUAAGAAAGCAGGAUAAUGUAUAAGCCUUUUCUCUUUAUGACAAAUAAAAUGGAAAAAGAAAUGAAUGAA